CAAUCCUUCUCUUUUUCGAGGACUCAUUUUUAUCGUAUUCUUUGCUUUUUAUUUUUUGUUUUCUGAAGAAAAAAAUCCUUGCUUUCUGGGUAGAGAAAAGAAAAGAAAAGAAACCCAUUAAACAAGUUUACAUUAUGAUUGGGAUUGGAUUAGUGGUCAUCAUACCCAAAUCUUUGUUCUUUGGAUUGCUUUAACAGAAGCACGGAUAUGCAUAAUACGAUACAGAUACAACACCGCAUGAGCUUUUGCAAAAUUAGGACACCCAAACUUGGACAGUCCCAUAAGUUUAUGUGAUUGAGUUGGUUGGAGUUCUUAUUUCACCAGAUGUAUAGCAUGUGUCAUUACUGUGGUGCUGAAAUUACAAAGACCAGUGAAGACAAAAGGAAACUGGAGAAUGGUAAUGCUUUAAUCUCUUGUAGUGGAGACCCAAUUCGGUCGUGUAAAUUAUGUUGGGAAAGGCAAGGAAGAGAAUUUGUAAAACGAGAUGGUAUUACUCCAUAUUCAACGCCAAUGAUCAGUCCAACUUCUUCAUUGUCUAGCAGUGAUCGUUCAUAUUCCAGCUGCAGUGAUUUUUCUGUUGAUGUAAUAAACUCAUACGAUCGGGUUGAGGGUGACCAAGAGUUUGGUUCAAAAAAUAGUCAUGGGGAUCUCAAUUGUCUGCCAAAUGGACGAAACCCGUGCUCAGAAGGCCUUGGGAAGAGACUUGAUAGCUCAAAUCUGAUGUCUGAAAGCGACUUGAGAGAUAAGAAAGAUAGCAAUGAUAUGGACAUAGUUAGAGAUGGUGAGAUAACACAAACUAGUAAUGAACAACAAGCAAAAGAAAAUGUUAUCGAAAAUUCUGCUAGACCCUUUGUCAAAGAGAGUGGAGUUUCUCAAGUUAUUAAUGGUGAAAUAGAUAAUCAAAUUUGGGAACCUCCAGAACCUGAAGAUCCAGAGGACGACUUGGAGAAUUCUCUGGCUUAUGAUGACGAUGAUGACGAAGAUGAUGAAUGUGGAGAUGGCACAAAAUGGGGAAAACCAAGUUCCUUGAGUCAUACAGAUGUGGGCAAUGGACGCUACAGGUUUAAAGAGGAAAAAGAAAGGGCAAUUAAAGAGGUGAUAGAUGGGAAGUUCAAAGCCAUUGUCAGUCAACUUCUUAAAUCUGUGGGUGUUGCCUGUUCUGUGAGUGACAAUGAUAGUUGGGUGGAUAUAGUUACUUCUUUAUCUUUGGAAGCUGCACUUUUCUUGAAGCCUGAUGCUAUUGAUGGCAAUGCAAUGGGUCCAGAUGGAUAUGUGAAAGUGAAAUGCAUUGCAACUGGUUCUCGCAGUCAAAGCCAAUUAAUCAAGGGCUUGGUCUUCAAAAAGCGUGCUGCUCAUAAGCACAUGCAAACUAAGUUCAGGAAUCCAAGGCUGUUAUUAAUUCAGGGAGCCCUUGGUCAAUCUUCUAGUGGGUUGUCUUCAUUAGAUUCACUAGAUGAGGAAAAAGGUCAUAUGAAAUCUCUAAGCGAGAUGAUAGAUAUGUGUCAUCCGAAUGUGAUAUUGGUGGAGAAAACUGUUUCACGUGAUGUUCAAGAGAGUGUUCUUGCCAAAGGAAUCACACUGGUGUUUGACAUGAAGCAACAUCGUCUCAAGAGAGUUGCGUGCUGCACUGGCUCAUCAAUCAUACCGUCCGAUCAUUUGAUUGGUCAAAAGCUAAAGCAGAAUGACUCCUAUAAGCAGUGCGACUCCUUCCAUAUAGAAAAGUUUGUUGAAGAACAUGCUUGCUCUGGUGAAGGGGGAAAACGACCAAGUAAAACAUUGAUGUUUCUUGAGGGCUGUCCCAAACAUCUUUGUUGCACUAUUUUGCUGAAAGGAAGCCAUUCUGAAGAACUGAAAAAGAUUAAGUGUGUUGUGCAAUAUGCUGUUGUCAUGGCAUAUCAUUUAAUCCUUGAAACUUCUUUCCUUAUUGAUCAAAAGGCAAUGUUCUCUACGAUUCCUCUAACUGGAAUAGCAGAUGUGUUGCCAGCUGAUCAUGAAUCCCAUGCCUUAGAAAUUUGCAACAUGAAUGCUACUUGUCUUGAUGAGUCUACUGCUGAAACUGGUUCACAUGAAAUUGACAUUCCCAUUUCCAGUGGAUUGCAUGAAGAAGGUUACCAUGUAAAUGGUGAUCAAAUUCUGAAGUCAGGAUUAGGCGAUAGUUCUGCUUUACCAGGCAUUUUGUCUGGGUUGUCAUCCAUUUCUGUCUCUCUGAAGAAAGUAAUCGGAAGCAAUUUUCCUCUUGCAUCCACUGCUCCUCAUCGGUCAUUGUCUACAUAUUUAGGGUUAAAUGGGGUGGAAUCUGAGCUCACAGAAGCAGUUCCUGCAAUGAAAAGUUUUGAGGGCUCAGAGCAACUUGAUGUGGAAUCUAAAUCUGGUCCUGAUCAAGAGAAAUCCCUUGAUGAUGGACAACCUCAAUCUUUUCCCGCUUCCUCUGAAGCACUACUUAACUUGAAUGCUGGUGGUGAUAAUAAUGAAGAGAAAAUGCAAAAUAAGGAGAGCAUCAACACAAUGUUGGAUGCACAAAGUAUUUUGGUUCUUAUGUCUUGCCGAAAUGCCUUAAAGGGGACUAUAUGUGAGCAAAGCCAUUUUAGCCAUAUAAUGUUCUACAGGAAUUUUGAUGUUCCUCUUGGGAAGUUCCUUCGAGAUAAUUUACUCAAUCAGAGAAGCCAAUGUUCUAUAUGCGGUGAACUCCCAGAAGCUCACUUCUACUAUUAUGCACAUCAUAAUAAGCAGCUAACAAUACAAGUUAAACGGCUUCCUAAGCAUUUACCUGGGGAAGCUGAGGGAAAACUCUGGAUGUGGAGUCGCUGUGGCAAGUGUCAAACUGAGAAUGGAAUGUCAAAAUCUACGAAAAGAGUGCUAAUUUCAACUGCUGCACGUUUUCUCUCAUUUGGAAAGUUCUUGGAGCUCAGCUUUUCUGAACACAAUACAUCCUGUGGAUUAUCCAGCUGUGGCCAUUCUCCACACAAGGAUUUUCUAUAUUUCUUUGGGUUAGGCCCUAUGGUUGCAAUGUUUAGUUUUUCUUCAGUUACCACUUAUACUGUGUCCAUGCCUCCACAACAGCUGGAGUUUAGCAGGUCAAUCAGACCAGAUUGGCUGAAGGAAGAAUCCGAGAAUGUUUACACAAAAGGAAUGGUAAUGUUCAGAGAGGUUGCAACCUUUUUGGUUCAGAUAAGGUCUCAGUUUGCGGGUUCAACCUUAAACCUUAAAGAUUCCUUAAAAGUAUUCUCUGAUGUUGAAGAGAUGCUGGAACUGGAAGCUUCUGAAUUUGAGCUAAACAUCCAGAAUGCUGUUGCAAAUAAUGGGAAUGCAAACUUGGGUUCUCACAAACUCCUCAGCUUGAACAGACUAAGGUGGGACCUUCUUCUGGAAGCAUGCAUUUGGGAUCGACGCCUGCAUUCUCUGCUGUUGCCUGAUCCGACAGUAGUAGUUGCUGGUGCCAACAACAAAGCAGUGGUGGAGCAACUGAAGUUGCAUACUGAUAGUGCUGAUGGAGAGGACAAUGGUAGAGAAAGCAAACCUAUAGAUGGUGAUAAAGGUUCUGAAAAUACUGGAAAUAUGAAAACUUAUUCAGGUUCUUUGGUUGGAGGUAAUGAAUUUCCUGGUGAUGAAUUAUCUUCAAAUGUUCCUGUUAAAAAAUCUGAAGGAUGUGACAGCAUACAAGGGAGUUCUACUGAGGUUGAAAACAUUGAAAAGCCAAAAGUAGAUGCUGUUACGAAAUCAUCCAAACCAGAGUCCGUUGUGGCACAUGAUAUUUCUGUUUGUUCCCAUUUUGGUGAUGAGAACUAUCAAGCAGAGGAUGCACCUAUAUCAGGUCCUUUACAAGUGGAUAGAACAAUCCCAAUUUCCACUGAUCUUGAUGACAAUGAUUCUAUGAUUGAUUCAAAUGAAUCAAAGAUUCAUGGAUCUCCGCAUUCCUUACUAUCCAGUUUAGAAAAUGUAAAUGGAUGGUUCUGGAUGCCUUUUUCUGAAAUCAGACAGAUAUACAUGAAGGACCUUCAAAGAGGAAAUGUCCCCAAGUUUGAAUCCAUUAGUAGUUAUACUCCAUCACAAAUACCCACAGGCUGUCAAUUAAUCAGGGAGGAAGCAUCAAGGCUACGCAUACCUCUAGGAACUAAUGAUUAUAUUGUAUCAGAUUAUAAAGGUGAACUCUCGAGUAUAAUUGCUUGUGCAUUGGCAUUGCUGAAAGAUCUGCCUGCUGGAACUGAAGUGUCCAAUGAGGAUGGGAGGAGAGAUAGACUAGUUGAAAGUUUACGAAGCCUAAGUCGUGUUCCUACUUUAACAUCCCUGCAUUGGUCGUCCAGUGGUUCCUCUGAUUCAGAGUCUGUCUCUAGUCUGAGUAUUUCUUCAGAAGAGUCGCGCUUCUCCAGUUUUGAUGGGUUAAGCUUGUUGGAUUCUCUAGUUCCUCCUGAUGCGCAUAACAUAGAGGUUUCUCUAGGGGUUUCAAAAUCACUUGGGAAGGGUAAAUACUCGGUAUUUUGUUUAUAUGCUAACCAGUUCCGUGAUCUUCGAGAGCGGUGCUGCCCUUCAGAGCUUGAUUAUAUUGCUUCCCUUAGCCGAUGCAGAAAUUGGGAUGCCAAAGGAGGGAAGAGCAAGUCCUUUUUUGCUAAAACACUUGAUGAUAGGUUUAUUAUAAAAGAAAUCAAGAAGACAGAAUAUGAAUCAUUUGAGAAGUUUGCUUUACAUUAUUUCAAGUACAUGAACCAAUCAUUUGAGUCUGGAAGCCAAACUUGCCUUGCUAAAGUUCUUGGGAUUUAUCAGGUAAUAGUAAGACAGCCUAAAACAGGGAAAGAGACAAGACAUGAUCUUAUGGUGAUGGAGAAUCUUACCUUUGGUAGAAAUAUUACUCGCCAGUAUGAUCUUAAAGGGGCCUUGCAUGCUCGAUUCAAUUCAGCUGCUGAGGGUUCUGGAGAUGUUCUUUUGGAUCAGAACUUUGUCAAUGACAUGAAUUCCUCUCCAUUAUAUGUUAGUAAUCAAGCCAAGCGUCUCUUGCAACGGGCUGUAUGGAAUGACACAACUUUCCUCAAUUCAAUCAAUGUAAUGGAUUAUUCUUUACUUGUUGGGGUGGAUACGGAGCGGCGGGAGCUUGUAUGUGGGAUCAUUGAUUAUCUCAGGCAGUAUACUUGGGACAAACAACUGGAGACAUGGGUUAAGUCUUCAUUGGUUGUUCCUAAGAAUUUGUUGCCAACUGUGAUUUCUCCCAAGGAAUAUAAGAAAAGACUCAGAAAGUUCAUGUCAACUUACUUUUUGAGUGUCCCUGAUCACUGGUGUUCACAGGGAUCCUCUGACCCUUGCCAACUGUGUGGCACUCCAAAUGAUGCCUGGUCUCAACCCAAGUCCCUAAAUGGUAUUUCUGCCUAGUUCUCGUAUUCCUUGUUUCACAUUUUUUAUUUGAAUUAGCCCUCAUUUUUUAUAGCCAGUUGAAAAAUGCUGUGUAUAUAUAUAUACCCAACCCCAUUAUAAUGCAAUUUUUAGCAAAUUUGUGGGGAUAGUUUCAACUAGCAUUCAUCUUAUGUUCAUAAUUUUGUAUGGUCGAGUGAGAAUGUAAAGACCCGAGGUUAUUGGAAGAUUGAUAAUGUAAAAUCAAUUUAAAGUUUCAGCUA